GUUCCAUGAUGGACCCUCCUGAAUUCAGCAAUGGAGAACCCAGCUGUGGGGCUGUGAAGAGUGACUGGUCUGUGCGGGAACCUCCUGAAUUCAGCAAAAAACGAAAACGCAGCUGUGUGUCUAUGAAGAGUGACUGGUCUAUGGAGGAACAUCCUGGAUUCAGCAGAGGAGGAGGAGAACCCAGCAGUGUGUCUAUGAAGAGUGAUCGGUCUAUGAGGGAACCUCCUGAAUUCAGCAGAGGAGGAGGAGAACCCAGCAGUGUGUCUAUGAAGAGUGAUCGGUCUAUGAGGGAACCUCCUGAAUUCAGCAGAGGAGGAGGAGAACCCAGCAGUGUGUCUGUGGACCCAGAGCUGAACUCCACAGAAACAGCACUGCAGAUAAACACUCAGGUAGAGGAAACUGAAGACCUGCAUCUGGAUUCUUACCAACCAGUGAACGACGUCCUGAACAGAGUCUUAGAGACACACAAAACCAGCAUGAAGAACAAGUACGAGUGCUUAUUUGAGGGAAUCAGAACUGAAGAGAAUAAAACCCUCCUGAACAGGAUUUACACUCAGCUCUACAUCACAGAGGGAGAGAGUGAAGGAGUGAAUGAAGAACAUGAGGUUCUACAGGUGGAGAAAACAACCAGGAAACACCUACAAGACAUUCCAAUCGACUGCUUAGACAUCUUUAAAGAAGAAACAGAAAAGAGGAACAUUAGAGCUGUGAGAGCUAAACGUAUCAGACAAAAUGGAAGAAAAGAGGAUGAAGAACCAAAACAGCAAAAGAUCAAAACAGUUCUGACUAAAGGCAUCGCUGGAAUUGGAAAAACUGUCUCUGUGCAGAAGUUCAUUCUGGACUGGGCUGAAGGAAAAGCCAAUCAGGAGGUAGAGUUCAUGAUUGUGCUUCCGUUCCGGGAGCUGAACCUGAUUAAAGAUGAUCAAUACAGUCUUCAUGGAUUUCUGUGUGACUUCCAUCCUGAGCUCAAAGAUCUGGACCAAGAGAUUUAUGAUCAGAUCAAAGCUGUGUUUAUAUUUGACGGUCUGGAUGAAAGCAGAAUUCCACUGAACUUUGAAGAGUGUGAGAAAGUCUCUGACAUCACCACGACAUCAUCAGUGGGAGUGUUGAUGACAAACCUCAUCAAAGGAGAGCUGCUUCCCUCUGCUCUGAUCUGGAUCACCUCCCGACCAGCAGCAGCCAAUCAGAUCCCUCCUAAAUACAUCAACCGUGUGACGGAGAUUCAGGGAUUCAGUGACCCACAGAAGGAGGAGUACUUCAGGAAGAGGAUCAGUGAUGAAGACCAAGCCCAGAGAAUCAUCUCCCACAUUAAGACAGUGAGGAGCCUCCACAUCAUGUGCCACAUUCCAGUCUUCUGCUGGAUCUCAGCCACUGUUCUUCAGAGAAUCAUGAAACAGCCUCAUACAGAAAUCCCUAAAACUCUGACUGAAAUGUACUCACACUUCCUGAUCACUCAGACCAACAUGAAGAACGAGAAGUAUGAGGAGAAACAUGAGAGAGACCAAAGGAACCUGCUGGAGUCCAACAGAAUCAUGAUUCUGAAACUGGCUAAACUGGCUUUCAAACAGCUGAUGAAGGGCAAUGUGAUGUUCUAUGAAGAGGACCUGAGAGAGUGCGGCAUUGAUGUCACUGAAGCCUCAGUGCAUUCUGGGAUUUUCACUCAGAUCUUUAGGAAGGAGAAAUGUGUGCUUUUCCAGAAGAAGGUCUACAGCUUUGUUCAUCUGAGCUUUCAGGAGUUUCUGGCUGCUGUUUUUGUGAUUCACUGCUAUGAGAGCAAAAUCAUGGAGCCCCUGCAGUGUUUAAAACCAAGUGAGAGAAAACCAGAGUUUUUUAACUCACAAUACAGAGAGCGAUCUAAGAAUGAUCCACUGGAUGAUCUGCUGGAAGGAGCAGUGAAUAAAGCCUUAGAGAGUCAGAAUGGACACCUGGAUCUUUUCCUCCGUUUCCUGCUGGGAAUCUUGCUGGAGUCCAAUCAGGAACUCCUACAGGGUCUACUGACACACAUAGAGAGACCACCAGAGAAAAUUAAAGAGCACAUUAAGCGCAUAAUAACAAAUAGAAAUGGACAAGAUCACAUCUCAACAGAGAGAUCCAUUAAUCUGUUCCUCUGUCUGUCUGAAAUGAAUGACCAGACUCUCUUCAGACAGAUUCAGGAGUAUCUAAAAUUAGAGAGACACUCAGAGGUGUAUCUCUCUCCUGAACAGUGUUCAGCACUAGCUUAUAUGAUCCUGAGCUCAGAUGAGGUUCUGGAUGAGCUGCACCUGAAGAAAUACACAUCAUUAGAGGAGGGUUAUAGGAGACUGAUCCCAGCUGUGACCGUCUGCAGAAAAGCCAUAUUAGCAUCCUGUAAUCUUGGUGGCGAAGCUUGUGAAAUUCUCAGCUCUGUUCUGCAAUCAGUAAACUCCUCUCUGAAAGAUCUUGACCUCAGUAGCAAUGACCUCCAGGACUCCGGAGUGAAGCUGCUCUCAGUGGGAUUGAAGAGUUCACACUGUACACUGGAAGUGCUGAGAUUAGCAUCCUGUAAUCUUGGUGGCGAAGCUUGUGAAAUUCUCAGCUCUGUUCUGCAAUCAGUAAACUCCUCUCUGAAAGAUCUUGACCUCAGUAGCAAUGACCUCCAGGACUCCGGAGUGAAGCUGCUCUCAGUGGGAUUGAAGAGUUCACACUGUACACUGGAAGUGCUGAGAUUAGCAUCCUGUAAUCUUAGCAACGAAGCUUGUGAAAUUCUCAGCUCUGUUCUGCAAUCAUCAAACUCCUCUCUGAAAGAGCUGGACCUCAGUAGCAAUGACCUCCAGGACUCCGGAGUGAAGCUGCUCUCAGUGGGAUUGAAGAGUUCACACUGUACACUGGAAAUACUGAGAUUGUCUGGUUGUAUGGUGACAGAUGAAGGCUGUUCUUCUCUGGCUUUAGCUCUAAAAUCAAACCCCUCCCACCUGAGAGAACUGGAUCUGAGCUAUAAUCACCCAGGAGAGUCUGGAGUGAAGCUGCUCUCUGAUCUACUGGAGGAUCCACACUGCACACUGGAGAAACUACAGGUGGAUCAUGGAGGGAAGAUCAGGAUGAAGCCAGGACUGAAGAAAUAUGCUGUUGAUCUCACUCUGGAUCCAAACACAGCGUAUAGGCGUCUCUCUCUGUCUGAGAGGAACAGAACGGUGGAGUGGGUGAGAAAAGAUCAGUGGGUGGAUGAAGAUCAGUGGGUGGAUGAAGAUCAGUGGGUGGAUGAAGAUCAGUCAUAUCCAGAUCAUCCAGACAGAUUUGAUGACGAGCCUCAGGUUCUGAGUGUGGAGAGUCUGACUGGACGCUGUUACUGGGAGGUUCAGUGGAGCGGAAGAGGAGCUGAUAUAUCAGUAUCAUACAGAGGAGUCAGGAGGAAAAGAGACAGUGUUGACCACGAGUGCUGUGAGUUUACAAGCAAUAAUGAGUCCUGGAGUCUUCAGUGCUCUGAGGACGAAUACACUGUCUGGCACAAUGGACAUGGAACUGGCCAACAUGUCCCCCCCUCUAACAGAGUAGGAGUGUAUCUGGACUGGGGGUCCGGCACUCUGUCCUUCUACACCAUCUCACCUAACACGCACACACUGACCCACCUACACACUCUCUACACCACAUUCACUGAGCCGCUCUACGCUGGAUUUGGAGUUUAUUCUGAUUCCUCAGUGAGACUGUGUGAGAUAGAAUAACUUCUACACAGAGCCUCAGAAACUCAGCCCAUCACAGCUCUUAGGCUCCCUUCUCAUCUGAGUGCUUUAACAAUGAGCACAGUGCUCUGUUAGGACCGCCAGAGCCUGCUGUGUGGAAGGAGCCCGCCUACAAGGCCGUCUGACCAAUAGUGGCUGAGCAGCAGAGGCUCUAGCCAAUCAGGUUCUAGGCCACUCCGUACGGACAAGUAAGGAGUCCGCUUUGCUGCCCGAGCGCCGCCCCCAAACAGAACCACCGUUUCUGACUGGCUGAAACCUCCGUCAGUUAAAACACCGAGCUUUGCCCGCGAUGGACUGAAAUUCCCCCACCAAUCAAUACAAGUACAGGAUCAGUGCAGCAACAGUGACGCCAUACGAAACAACUCGCUCAGAAAACGACAACCGGCCGCUAAACGAGUUUAAAAUGCGGAGACACAGCAACACAACAUUCACCACACCCGCUGCUGCAGCACAAACCGCGAUUACCGCUCAAAAAGCACAGAGUUACCACACAAACCACACAAUCACCACAACACAAACCUGCACAUCGCAAAGAAGCACAACAAGCUCACACUGCGCAGCGGCAGCCCUUAAACCCGCUCUCCUCUCCUUAUGAAGACUAAAGCACUGGACAAUGGCUGAAGAGUGACCAUUACAUCCGCAAUAAACCCAACGCUGAACAAAUCUGACCAAAUGAGGACAAAUAAGCUGCAAAAGUGGCGAUUUACUAAACCAAAGCGCUGAAGUUCAUUAAAGCAGGUAGUUUAGCGAUUUUUGAACAGGAGAACGAGCCUGUUUACGCACGACUUGAUGCUCUGAAUCUAGGAAUCGAUUCUUGAACUCCUUUCCAUCACUAGCGAAUAGCUGAAUAUAAUGGACUCCUGAAGAUGACUCGAUUGAAUCAACAGAAUCGAUUCCAUUGUCUGAGACUCUCUGUCAUUGGUGAGAGUCUCAGAGAAUUGAAUUGACCCUGUUGAUUCAUUCGAGUCGUUUCCAUCCAGUAUAUCCACACUGUACCGAGUCAAACUCUGUUUUAGUGAUUAGUGAGUCUUUAGUUCAGAAAAGA